AUGAAGGUUAUUAAAACCACUGAGACCAUCAAAGUUCCCAAGGGGGUUAAAGUGUCGGCCGGUACUCGCUCUGUACAUGUCACGAAGUACUUCGGAAUACGCAAAGAGCUUGCAGCCGUUCGAACUGUCUGCACUCAUAUCGAAAACAUGAUUAAGGGUGUCACGUACGGUUAUCGCUACAAGCUAAAUUCCCUACAUGCCCACUUCCCUAUCAAUAUCAUCAUUGGCCAAAACGGAUCUACUGUUUCUAUCAAGAAUUUCCUUGGUGAAAAGAACGCCCGCGAGGUCAAGAUGUUCCCUGGCAUCAAGGCUAUUAGUGGUGGCACUCAGGAUGCUAUGCAAAUCGAGGGAAACGACGUUGAGUUAGUUUCCAAGGCCGCCGCUCUUAUUCAACAGUCCUGUCAGGCUCGUCACAAGGAUAUCCGGAAGUUCUUGGAUGGUGUUUAUGUUUCACACAAGGGCACUGUCGAGGAGAUGGAAUAA